AUGAUAAAAGCCCAUCGAAUAAUUGCACUCGUUUCCGAGAAGCCAUCCCUAAUGAACAAAAUCAAACGCUCAAGAAAAGUCGUUUCUUUCGCAUACUCUUUAUCCUUAAUUACGCUUACUAUAUACAUUAUCCUUUACCUUACAGGAAUUCCAGAAUUUGUAUGCGCAUUGAUUAUGGAAAUUGGGUGCUUCUUGUGUACAUUCGGCCUUCUUUGGUUUUAUACGGAUGUUCCACCAAGAGCUCCAGCAAAUUCUUUCCAACAUAUGAAUUUAAAGCCAAUUUAUUUGCAUUCUCCAUGCGGAGCAGAGCUAGCUCUAAUUGUUUGUCCACUUCAUACCAAUUUCGAAAGUAGUUUCUAA